AUGUCACUAGCGCCCUCAAUUCCCCGCCUUCACUCUCCCUUCCUCUGCUGCCCCCUCAAGCUCUCCACGUCUCCUUCUACUUUAUGUAUAUCCCACAAAUUUGCAGGAAAUCAACGGUCGCCCAGGUCGUAUCCAUGCAUUAGAGCUCUGGAUCUUGAUCAAAACACGGUUGUGGCAAUCUCAGUUGGGUUGGUGAGUGUUGCAGUUGGGAUUGGCAUUCCGGUUUUCUAUGAAACCCAAAUUGACAGUGCUGCAAAGCGAGACAACACUCAGCCAUGCUUCCCUUGCAGUGGAACUGGCGCACAAAAAUGCAGGUUUUGUACGGGAACUGGCACAAUCGUAGUGGAGCUUGGUGGGGAUGAGAAAGAAGUGUCUAACUGCAUUAAUUGUGACGGGGUGGGUUCGUUUACUUGCACCACAUGCCAAGGUUCUGGGAUUCAACCUCGCUACCUUGAUCGCAGAGAAUUCAAAGACGAUGACUGA